UGUCUGGAAAGUGUCCAUAUAUCAGAGAACUGCAGGUGGCCCUUCUCACAGUUUACACCUCACUGAGCCGGAAAACCUCUUGGCUUUGAAGAUUACUUUCGGAUCUAACCUUUCCUUGAGAAGAAAACAAGUGCUCCCAGCUGCACGAUGAUGCUGGACUCUGUUAGCCACAAUAACUUCCUGCCAAACACAGCGAUGUGUGAAUCUUUGACAUCAUGGUCAGAUGUAUUUGGAAUAGUGGAUGAACAAUACUCACUAUUUGAUCAUCAAACAGCUUGUGAUUCAUCCUGGACUUCUAUGCAUCCAGAAUACUGGUCAAGACACAACGUCUGUGAAUGGCUACAGUUUUGCUGUGAUCAAUACAAACUGGAUGCUAAUUGCAUUUCCUUUUCCCACUUCAACAUAAAUGGUCACCAGCUCUGUUGUAUGAACCAAGAAGAUUUUUUAAAUGCAGCUGGUAUUUGUGGUGAAUACCUCUACUUCAUUCUCCAAAACAUCAAGACUCGUGGCAUCUCCUUCUUUCAGGACAAUGAAGAUACAAAGUCAUCUGAAAAAGACUAUAAUGAUAAGGCAUGUUUGAGAACAGGUGGCAUCAAGAGUCAAGAGUUUCAAGGUCACAGUAGAACAAGUCUGCAGAGUUCUCACUUGUGGGAAUUUGUACGAGAUCUUCUCUUGUCCCCUGAAGAGAAUUCGGGUAUCCUGGAAUGGGAAGACAGAGACCAAGGCAUCUUUCGUGUAAUCAAAUCAGAUGCUCUGGCAAAGAUGUGGGGACAAAGGAAAAAAAAUGACAGAAUGACUUAUGAAAAGCUAAGCAGAGCACUCCGGUAUUAUUAUAAAACUGGAAUUUUGGAACGAGUUGACAGGAGAUUAGUAUAUAAGUUUGGAAAAAAUGCACAUGGAUGGCAAGAAAGCAACUCAUGAGAUACCUAUAUCUUUGGACUCAUUAUCCAAUAAACAAUGUGAACGUCAACUCCAACAGAUGGAAGUACUCUGCCGGCUUUUCUAGAUUGAGGUGGCCACAUAUUCUGAAUAACUGGAUAAAAUAACCAUUAAUAGACAAUCUGGAUCAGGAAAUGUACUGCCUUUGCACUUUUUAUGUACCAUAUAACCUGCAUGGCAUAAGCACCCAUAAUAUGGUUUCAAUCUUUCCAGUAAUCUGGUGCAAUUUUGCUCUGAAAGCCAGUAAGAGUUUGUCAUCAGUACUUAAACCUAAAUUCCAGCAUUAUAAUACUUCCAUUUUGAGUUUGAUGGAAUUUUGAAUCGCAUUUUCUUGAUAUCAUCUUUAUGGGUGGGCAACCGAUUGCCAUGUGGUCUGUAUGAGUCUCUGUAAUAUUUUUUUACAGGCUCAAAGACCUGUAGAAGUAGUGCCUUUAAUACUCAGCAGCAGAGUCCAAGAAAGCAGUGCAGUUUCCUAUUGCUUGAAUGGAAAAUAACGUGUGUGUUUUAAAAAGAUGUGUUUAAAUAAUAUUAAAAAGUACUCAAAUGUAAAAAAACAAACGAAGAUUUGCUUCCCAGCUGGUAAAAGAUAGCCCAUGUCUACCAUCACACUUGAAUAAUCAUUUUUCUCUAUCGUAUCAAUCUGAAGGUGGAUAUGUGAUCUUCCAGAUAUAGUUGAAUUGGAACUCCCAACAGCCUCAGAAAAUAUAACCAAUGAAAAUGGCACAUCGAUCUAAUUCAUGCUUCUCUGCCUUUGCAUUCAAAAGCAAUUUCAUCUUGCCUGCAGCAACAUUCUUUGGUACGGUUAUGCAGAUAGUCACAACAAUAUUUGUCACAGCAUGAAUAAAAAAAAUUAUUUGUGGUACUGUAUAUGAAGGUUACACUUGAGUCCAUACACAGACUUGGGAAAGACUGGUUCUGAUUCCAGCUGGAUAAGGAUUUGCUGCUACUAUUCAUCUUUUACACAUGCGAAAGGAACCAAAACCAAUAUUUCUGCUUCAGAAUUUGUGAAGUUUUUUGUUUCUUCAGGAAGAAAAGCACUGUGUUUUGUGUUCACUUCUGUAAUCUGUAAAACAUGAAAAGACUUUAUAAUUUACACUCCCUCACUCAAAUCAAGGUUCUACAUCAAGAAUGUAGUCGAAUAAAUGUUUUAAGUUGGCUCCUUA